UUCCUGGUUGUGUUCACAUGCUUGAUCUGUGCUUUUCUGGUUGCUACACGUUUUCUUUCGCAGUUCAAGAAGGAAAAAAAAAACAUGGCCAAAGACACAUCUUUGACAAAUCCAGGUAAAAGGAAGAAGUUGACUUCAAAUGUCCCUGUUCAUGCGGAGGAAAUGCUGGAGACCAAAGUAAAAAAGAAAAAGAAAAAGAUGGAAGUAGAGGAGGCUCCAGUGAUUCCUCAUGUGACAAUCACAACCAGUGAUAGAAAACAGAAGAAAAUAAAGAAGAAAAAGCAAACUGAGGAGGCUCCAGUGAUUCCUCAUGUGACAAUCACAACCAGUGAUAAAAAACAGAAGAAAAAGAAGACAAAGCAAACUGAGACACAUGAGCUGGAGGGAGAGGAGGACUUGAGCCCCGAGGAGAAACGAGUUCUGGAGAGGAAGAUGAAGAAGAUACUUAAAAAGGAAGCAAAGAAGAGGCUUAAAUCUGAGGCAGAAACCGUAGAGAAAUCUGAAGUAUCUGGACCCAUUGCACCUCAGCAGGCCUUAGAUUACCUCACCUGCUGGGCUAAAAGACGCACAGAGUGGAAGUUCCAGAAGACCAGGCAGACGUGGUUACUGCAGCACAUGUUUGACUUUGCACAGAUUCCAGAUGAGAAGUUCUCCGUACUGCUCCAGUACAUGGAAGGGCUUCAAGGGGGUGCCAAAGACACCACAGUCAAGAAGGCCUUAGCCCUGGUGGAAGAGUCAGGACAAGCACCAGAAGACGGAGAUUUACAGCAGAGGGCGCACCGAGCCAGAGAAGUCAUCCAGUUGCUCUCCUGAACCCACUACCAUCUAACAAAGACAUGAAGUCCGCUAGAAAAAGACUGAAACAUGUUUUCUGGUCAGUGGACUGAAUGAUCACCCUGGUCCCCAGAUAAUAUUAAACAUGUUGUUUUAUAUGUAGCUUUUGAACUGGCCCUUUAGGGAAUGGAUGCUUUCUGAUCAAAUUAAAAAAAAGUGAUGUGUCUAGGUUA